AUGAUUUCAAGGAACUUUUCUUUGUUUACUCGAAGAUAUGCUUCUAAUUUAAGUGGAAGUGAAGUUAAACAUGAGUUUCUACGGUUUUUCGAACAAAAAGCACAUAAAAUAGUUCCUUCUGGAUCUGUUAUAGCUGACGAUCCAACAUUAGCCUUUACAAAUGCUGGAAUGAAUCAGGUAGUGUUUUUCUUCAUGUUUUUUAUAUUGAAGUUUAGUUCAAGCCGAUCUUCCUUGGUCAAGUUGAAUCUUGUUUCCCUCGAGUUGCUAAUUCUCAAAUCUGUAUUAGAACUGGAGGAAAACACAAUGAUCUGGAAGAUGUUGGAAGGGAUAUGCAUCAUCAGACAAUGUUCGAAAUGCUGGGAAACUGGUCGUUUGGAGACUACUAUAAUGUAAAGGAUAAUAUUGAUGUUUUAUUUGGUUUAGAAAGAAGCUUGUGAGUUCGCAUGGGAGUUUCUGACGGAGAAGAUGAAGAUACCAGCACACAGGCUUUACGUUACUUACUUUAAUGGUGAUCGAACUUUAGGAUUGAAGCCAGACAUUGCAUGUAGAGACAUUUGGAGGAGUCUUGGGUAAGUGAUGGCUUUAUAUUGUAUAUCUUCUGUUGGAUGUUAUACAUGUUAUACCUGAAAUCUAUAAUAGUUUUAAAAUAAACUUUUUUUUCUAGAGUAUUAGAAGGCCACAUUGUGCCAGCUGGUUACGAGUCCAAUUUCUGGGAAAUGGCUGACAGAGGACCUUGUGGACCAUGCACGGAGAUUCACGUAGAUCGACGAGAUAGAACAGGCCAGUCUCAUCUUGUUAACGUUGAUGGUUCUGAUGUGAUUGAAUUGUGGAAUUUGGUGUUUAUGCAAUACAAUCGCACUGAUAACACGGUUUUUGAGUCGUUACCUACAAAAAACAUUGACUGUGGUAUGGGAUUCGAAAGAUUGGUCAGUAUUGUUCAAGGAGUGGAUUCAAAUUACAGAACUGAUCUUUUCAUGCCUUUGUUGAAAAAGAUUGAUCAGGUAAUUUAACCAAUGUAUUUUUUAUGUUAUUUUAGUUGUCUGAAGUGGAACCAAACUGUGACGAGAUUGAAAUAGCGUACAGAAUCUUGGCAGAUCAUCUGAGAGCAGUACCAGUGGCUCUGGCAGGUGGUGCAAAUCCUUCAGCAAACAGAUUCCGGGCUUUGAGAGCGAUGCUGAAGCACAUGGUCACUAUUAGCCGAGAAACACUGAAUAUCGGAGAUCGACUACCGGAAUUGGUCGAGUAUUCACUCGAUUUUCUUGUAAGUUAAAGCUUUUUAUCUUUUUUGCUGAUAAAAGCUUAAUUUUGUAUAUAUGUAAUUUUUAUAGGGACUAGCGUUCCCACAACUUCAAGUUGAACAAAACAGAAAGUUAAUAUUAAAAACAAUCGCUCAAGAGUUGAAAGCUCAAGGAAAGUACAAAAGAACGUCGGAGUUGGCCUUCUUUGAUAUGAUAAACGGUUUGAAAAGAGGAGAAAAGCUGUCAGGUAAGCGAAGUUCGUUACGAUAUUUUUGUUGUAAAUCAACUAUGCUAAAGUAUUAUGUCAAAGCGUAUGUUUUAUCUUUUUUUUCAGUGGGAAAACAGUUGUAUCUCUUCGUAAACUUCAAUUGUAAACUGGAAUGGAUGAAAGAAUUUGGAGAGAGAAAAGGAGUUGUACUAGAAGACGGGUUUGACAAGCUUUAUGAAGAAUAUAGGGUAAGUUGAGCUUAAUUUGUUUGAGGUAGUACUUAUCAUGCAUCAUACGUUAUAUCAUGUGUUUUAGGUAACUAAAGUAAUGCCAUGGACCAAGACAAAGAGUUUUGCCGCGAAUUAG